UAGGUUAGGCUUUUUUAUUCCAAGAGCGGGAACGAAGAAAAUUUGGCGGGAAAUUCCUUGUAAAGUCUAUCUUCUGUCAUUUCAAUUCAUUUUUUCUCACUCUCUCUUCCUCCGUCACUCUCUCUCUAGGGCUUCAGAGAUGUUCUCGAGUCAGUUCGAUGGCAACUCCGACUUCUCUGGCGGUGGAUUUAUGAGCUCUCAGUCCACUGAGGCUAACGAUUCCGGGUUUUCUACGGCCAAAAAUCGCGAGACCCACGGGCUCAUUCCAGUCACAGUGAAGCAGAUAAGCGAAGCAUCUCAUUCCGGCGAUGAUAAAUCCAAUUUUCUCAUCGAUGGUGUGGAUAUCACCAAUGUUACCUUGGUUGGAAUGGUGUUUAAUAAAACUCAAAGGGUUACAGAUGUUGCCUUUGCUCUAGAUGAUGGAACUGGACGAAUUGAUUGUAAGAGAUGGGUUAAUGAAGGUUUUGAUGCAAAAGAAAUGGAGGAUAUACAAGAUGGAAUGUAUGUUCGUCUUAAUGGGCAUUUAAAAACUUUCCAAGGCAACAGACAGUUAGUGGCUUUUUCUGUAAGGCCUGUGACAAAUUUUGAUGAGAUUUCUUUCCACUUCAUUGAGUGCAUCCAUUUCCACUUGCAGAAUUCCAAAAAACAGGGUGAUGCCUUGACUCAGCCUCAGACAAUGAAUCCGUCUCUCAACACACCUGCACAAAAUGGAUCUAAUGGUAAUCAGACAGCCGCAGCGAAUCAUUACUCUGGGCAAGUUAGUGUUGACGGACUCAAGGGCUUUGAUCAAAUGGUGCUUGACUAUCUGCAACAACCUUCAAACUUCGGAAGAGAAAAGGGUGUACACACUGAUGAGCUUUCUAAGCAUCUAAAACUUCCAUCGGAGAAGAUCUUGGAAUCCAUCCGAAUUCUUGAAGAGGAAGGCUUGAUAUACUCCACAAUUGAUGAAUUUCACUACAAGUCAACUACAAGUGGUUGAUUUUGUUGAAGAAUUUAGCCUGGGGAAGCUCUGAUUAGAAGAGGGUCAAUGGUAUCCAGCUUAUGCUGUAGUUUCUUGUUUGGUUAGUGAUUAGUCGUCUAUCUUUCUCAAUCUCUAACUUUAAAGAUGUAGAUAAUGUGUGUUUUUGUACUAUCAAAAUGCAAGUGACCAACUAUAGCUGUUGGCCUGUUUAUUUAAAGUUGCACUUGUUACAUUUACUUAAUAUUGGAACCGACUAAUGGUCCAAGAAUCAGGGUUUGGAA